CCCUGCCGGCUUUUCUUCCUUCUCACUGUGAUUUCUUCUUUUUAUGCAUAAAAUAGGGGGAGGGGGGCCUAGAUCCGUCACUGUUGACAUCCCGUUUGUCGUAUCACAUGCCGCAGAUCAAAGGUACUGAUACAGCUGGUGUUGCCCCCAUAAUGGUUUUUAAUUCAUUGCCUAUCCAAUUACCUACCUAGUUACAUUUAUACCUAGCUGCCUGGCUUCCAAAACCCUGAUAAGGUCGACAGUAUACGAUUUGCUCUGUGAGGUCGUCCAGCACUGCUGUCACCUGCUAGAAUUCUGUUAAUUUCCCAGGACCUUAUGAUAAUUUAAUCAAGUUACGAAUUAUGGGCUUAAUUGUGCUUGUUAUCACCCUGGAGAUUGCUUGGCUUACCGUUAGUGAUUGACAACUGAUUUUUUAUUUUCCAGUUCCCAGCACGUUAUCACCAUCAAAGGCAUCUGUCAGCCCUGCGUUGAUAUCAAUUGCGGCAAUUUCCGGAUGUGUUAUUGUUCUAACACUGCCAGUGCUCGUUCUUCGCUAUCGAAGACGCCACAAAAGAGAAAUACCUUACGAGCCUCAGAUUGAUGCCAAAACAACUAGCAAACACUCCGUUCCUGCAACCAUAUAACCUUUGGGCCAGUUAAAACGUUAAUUUCAAUAAUAAAAACCGGCAAUCAGGGCUUAGCUAGCAACGAGCAAACCGAGAGAAUCAAAUGCCAUUAACCAAAUUCAGUUUUAAAGAAAUGUCGUAGAUUAUUUCGGUAGUGAGUGAAGUUUGACGUUUUUUCUGGGCCUAUUAAGCCCACUUGGCUGUAACGAACCCUAACACUUUCAUUAAUAUGGCAAUAUCACAAACAAGAAGUAAAUAAAAUGCCGUUGCAUUAACGAAUCUUCAACUGCAGGAGCGAGAGUGUUCAAUGAAGGAUUUAAAGGGUAAUAAGUAUAGACUUGGAUGAAAUAUCACUGCAGCAACUGUGCGACAAACACGCUCUAAAAUGGCUAAUUCUAGACAAAGUAACGAAGAAGUGCAUAUAAUUCAUUCUCUCUCCUUUUCUCUCUCUCUCCGUUUCUCACCCUCUAACCGACUUGCCGAAUGUUUGGAACAGGUUAACUCUCACAAGACGUUUUAGUCUUGUUUAACUUUUACAAUUUUAAUUAUCUCGUACGUGACAUAUGAUCUCUCAUACUCAUUACGUUUGUAUCAUUUACCAGUAAAUAGUCAAAUUUUAUAAGUACCGUAUGUCAAUUAGUGUUGCUAUUUUACUAGUGUCCCCAACUAGUCUAUCUAGGCUAAACAAAUAGACACUUAAAUAAAGGUUUUACUUACUUACGAACUUAACUCGUGUUCUUUAUGCUAAUUUUGUUGAGUUUUAAUUUGUAGCAAAUUGAGUUCAAUCAGUUCAAGCUUAAGUUUAUGCUCAGUCCGAGUCUAUUACACGUUGAGAUCUGAAAAUGAAUAAAGUUAGUGAGUGCACUGAAAUAAAAACAUUUACCAUUUCUGUCAAUUUUAUCGACACAUUUCUAAUUAGUUAUUUAGCUCUUUGAGGGUAGAGAGAACAUUUUGGUGCGAAACAUGAAUGCGAAGCAUUUUAGCGGGAAGCCAGUAGGAAGUCCUGUUGUAAUUUAAUCUGGAAAAGCCUUACCCUUAUUUAAAUUACAACCCAUAUCAGUAUUGGUAAAAUACGAUUUGUGUCACUGUUCCAGAAAUGCAGACAGUUAAGCUGACAGUUGUCUGAGUAUUUCCUGCGUUUCGUAGAAAUUUUAAAAUACAAUUGAUCAUUGUCAAACGUCAGUCAUUCAAGACGCGCUUACUAAGCACAUUUUAAGCUCGAUUCAUUAAAAGCCAUGAUUUAUCGACGGGAAGCUUUCGUUUUGAGCACUUCCAUUUGCGUUUUUGCACUGUUCCAAGCGUCAUGCCAGUCCAGUUUAUCCUUAACAGAAGACAGGCCCCCAGACCUCGUAAAGGUUCCUGAAUUAGGAAAAGACGUGCCCGUAAGCUGGGGUUUCUCGUACAAAGACUCAGCAAGCAUUUCAAACGGUCCAUGGGAAGCCCAAGCUGUGCUGGAAAUAAGCUUUGGAAUUUGGAAAUCCAUCAAUGAUAGAAUCCUAUUGAAGAAAAUAGUUGCAGUGGACAAGAGUGGCAAGUUUCAGGUUCGCAGUGGUUACGAGAGCAAAAUAGAUUGGAGCUACUCAGUCAACAAAUUAACAUUUAAGUUAAAAAGUUUUGCCGUUCAAGAUGAGGCAACUUAUGGAAUCAAUGUUGAGUUAAUUGGUUUAGAUCAGAAGUCGCUUACAGACACUGUGAGCGUUGAGACUGCCGCGCAAUACAACAGGCAGACUGGCAAUUUGACUGUGCGAAAUGAAACAGCGUAUACAUCAGAAACCGUUGAUCUUUUAUUUAAAAGAUCCGCCUACGACAAAACGGACGAUUUUUUCAAAUAUAGAAUUUAUAAAGGACAUGUCUCCGUCAUCACGCUUGGAAAGGUACAAGAUGGAAAACAUGGCGCCUGUGUCAAUGAUUCUCUACUGGCCCAAUGCCAGCAACGUUACUCUCUGCGUUAUGUAAACAAAACUUAUGUGUCCUUCCGUCUGAGUAACGUAACACUUCUGGAUUCUGGUCUGUACACGCUUCAAGCAUUUUUCGCUAAAAUUAUACACGAUCCAGAAUACGCUGAAUUAUAUUUAACUGUACAAGAAAAACCAAGUACUCUUACUUCAGUUGAACCAGCUCAUGAAACGUCGAAUCCCACAGCAAAAGGUGGCCAGUCAGAUGUCCAAUUUUCUAUCAUUUCCCUGCUCGUGUUGAUGAUUUUCCAAGCCUUGUUUCAUAAAGGAGUGGUCACGUGCUAAAGGCAGCAGGUGCAUCCUAAUGCCGGACACUUCUCUUUUUUUCUGUUAUUUUGAUCAGUUACAAUUUUCACCGAACUAAAAGUCAAUAUUGCAGUUGAGGGAUAGUGCCGAAUUUAAACGAUUUAUUAAGUAUUAGUAUAAUUUCAGAGCUGAACAAAGAGUUUCCAGCAAUCUGAUUGGUUGCGCGAUUCCUUAUAUGACAUUAUGUUCACCGCGCUAAGGGGUGAAUAUAACAUUUUCGAAACCUGGUUUUUAAGCUUGCCGUCUUUGCCAUCUCGUCGCCGCCGCCGCCGCCGCCGCCGCCGCCGCCGCCGCCG